CUCCAGCUCCAAAGUAUCCACUCUUUAGCAACUCCUGGUAACCUUUUGGGGGUGAGUAGGCUUGAGGGCCCGGUGAGGGGUGUCUGUCUCUCGUCUUUCCAGUUGCCUCCUGCGGUUUUUUUACCCCCAUUUCUUACGCGAACGGGACAGAGGAAUAUCACCAUUCCCUUGUACUCCUCGCAACCUUUGACAUAAUUAUUUGUGACAAACUGAUUUAAAGUGCGGCUGCAGGAAGAAAAACAGGCAUAUCUCGCUUUGCCUUCUGGGAUUUGUAGUCCUUCGGGCGCCCGAGCUGCCUGGCUGGCCCUGUAACUGCGGACUACAGCUCCCAGGCCUUCUCCGAGUCCCUACCGCACAGACUCAGAGCCCCAUGCCUGGAGGACGUGGCUACAUUGUGUCUAUUGUAAUCCCUGGACUUGUGUGUUUGUACAUUUCUCGGGACGUGAAAUUGAGACUGAAGAGCAUGGCAGAUGAGCAAGAAAUAAUGUGCAAAUUGGAAAGCAUUAAAGAGAUCAGGAACAAGACCCUGCAGAUGGAGAAGAUCAAGGCCCGUUUAAAGGCUGAGUUUGAGGCCCUUGAAUCAGAGGAGAGACACCUGAAGGAAUACAAGCAAGAGAUGGACCUCCUGCUACAGGAGAAGAUGGCCCACGUGGAGGAACUCCGACUGAUCCAUGCUGACAUCAAUGUGAUGGAAAAUACCAUCAAACAGUCUGAGAAUGACCUAAACAAGCUGCUAGAGUCUACCCGGCGGCUACAUGAUGAGUAUAAGCCACUAAAGGAACACGUGGAUGCCCUGCGCAUGACUCUGGGCCUGCAGAGGCUCCCUGACCUAUGUGAAGAGGAGGAAAAGCUCUCGUUGGAUUACUUUGAGAAGCAGAAAGCAGAGUGGCAGACAGAGCCUCAGGAGCCCCCCAUCCCUGAGUCCCUGGCCGCUGCAGCCGCUGCCGCCCAACAACUUCAAGUGGCUAGGAAGCAGGACACUCGGCAGACAGCCACCUUCAGGCAGCAGCCCCCACCUAUGAAGGCCUGCUUGUCAUGUCAUCAGCAAAUUCAUCGGAAUGCACCUAUAUGCCCUCUGUGCAAAGCCAAGAGUCGGUCCCGGAACCCCAAAAAGCCAAAACGGAAGCAGGAUGAAUGAAAAGAGGGAGAACACAUAGAGAGCUCUGCCGCUCAUAACCCCUCCCCUUGGUCAGUGAUUAAUGUCCUCAUGUGAAACAACCCUUCCCCACCUGUACCAAGUCUCCCAUUUAAUGUGAUAGAAGCACAACCCCUCUCUCACUUUGCUUUUCUUUCUUUCUGCUCUUGGGGUUUCUGUUUAGGAAGAGAUGUGGUUCAGGUGCUAAUGACAGUGUGUCUGAUGAUCCCUUCUCUGCCACCCAUGUUUCAACCCCUGCCCUUGUUUGGAGCUAAGGGAAGGGCAGAAGGCCCAAAUGUGAUUCUCUGUUUCUUGUGCCUGAGGCCUGGGACCUAAGGUCUGAGGGUUGGGGGAGGCCCAUAUCUCAUUUCAUGUAAAGGCUCCAGUGUGCCACCUCCCUGUACUUUUGCCUUAGGCUCUGAAAGGACAGCAGUCAUUUUGCUGGACUUUAUAAUAGGCUUGGUAUAUAUAUCUCCCCUACUCUCAUCUCAUCCUCAAGGCCCAGAGGUAGCUUGGACAAGCCCUCCUUUUUAUAUUCAUUUUGGAGGCCUGGCUGUUAUAGAUUUCACCGCCCCACUUCCACCCCAAGUCUCCCAGAUACAUGACAGUUCUCAUGUACCAGGCUGUGUGUCUGGGGAUCCUGAGAUCUACAGGCCCUUCUCCCAUAGUCCUAGUUUUCGCAAAUUAGUAGUAGGAUUUCCCCACGAAAUUAGGGAGCUGGAGCUAUACCCACUCUGUAAGUUCUGCCUAACUUGCUGCCUAACUCAUUGGGCUGAGGGCUCUGCAAUAGGGGCUGUCUUAGCCUGAGAGGGGCCCCAGGCUGACAACUGUGUUGCCUUUUGUUCAAAACCAUUACUCAGAUACUUAAUGGUGAAUCUUAGGGUUCAGAGGGGUAGGUUGAGAUUCAUGUGAGUGCCAGUUACUUGACACACGCAUGUGGAUGGGACUUCCCUUCCAUUCAUGCCUCCUCUUGGGUCUUCCCUCUUCUGCAAGGCAGCCUCAGCUCAGGCCAGCUGCUGACCGCCUCCCCUCCUGUGGAUUGUGCAGGCGGCCUUUCCUCCCAAAGGAAAAGGCACCAGGCUCCCCAAGCUCUAUAGCUUUUUACUCCACCAAAGCCAGAUCUCUACUAAAGUCACCCUCAAACUUAAGGGACAGGGAUGGGGGUUGGCUGACUAAAAAAGUUUUAGCUCCGUCUUUCAGUCCCUGGCUGGGGAAGGAGAGAUAUUUUUCCUUCCUUCCUUAACUGCAGUUUUAAGUUGCCACAGUGUCUGUGUGUCCAUAAUAUGAGAUUCCUCUGCUCUUUGAAAGUAAGAGUGUUAUGUCUGUACAAAUCCUUUUAAAUAAACAUUUGUUCAUUGGAGUAAA